CAUUUGAAUCCUGUGAUUGCAUAGUCAGUGAUAUUUUAAGCCUUUGUUUCUCCAUGAGAUGAUGUUGUGAUACGUUAUUGCCAUUGUCAGACAGUGUGCCAGAUCUGACAGAAGAAGACCAGAGAGAACAGAUCAUUUUGGCAUUAAUGGCAAAUAAACCGAGUGGUGUGCGGCUGUCCGUUCACCCAUCCCGAGCUCUUGUGGAUGAGAAGUUUAAAGUGCUGGUCCAAAAUGCUCCUCCUGGGACUGAGCUGACGGUGCGCUCCCAUCUCCUCAGUGAAGACAAACACAACUGGGAGGCGUUUGGACACUACAUGUGUGACAGCACCGGGACACUCAACUUGUGUGAGGACCCCAGCCUGGGUGGGACAUAUGAAGGAGUGGAACCAAUGGGAUUACUGUGGAGCCUCAGACCAGUGCCAGGGAGUAAACCUGGACUCAGGUUGAGGAAGACCAAUGUGGAGACCCCUCUGGAGGUGACAGUGUCAGUGUACCAGGGCCACCUGUCAGAGGGCUUCAAGGAGCAGAGCUGUCUGGCUGCUGUGCUGGUGGAGCGCUGGUACAUGGCUCCUGGAGUCCAGAGGAUACCAGUUACAGAGCACGACCUCACUGCUACACUCUUCCUCCCUCCAGGACCUGGCCCGUUUCCUGCUGUCCUGGACCUCUGGGGAGGAGGUGGCAAUCUAGUGGAGUAUAGAGCGUCUUUACUGGCGUCACAUGGGUUUGCUGCUCUGGCCCUGGAUUAUCUGACCAAUAAAGUCACAAUGACAACUGGAAAAAGUAUGAAGAAUGACUACUUUGAGACUGCCUAUAAAUUCCUGGAGCAACAUCCUCAGAUUGUGGGCAGCAGGAUCGCCAUGUGGGGCCUGUCUUUUGGUACAGUUAUGACCUUAAAAAUGGCCGCUUACUCCAAGGUCAUGAAGCUUAGAUGUGCAGUGUGUAUCAACGGAAGUCACGUUCAGCCAGUGAACGGCAGCGUUGAAGAACUAUUGAACUACUUUAGUAUAAAUAUCGAUAAAACCCGCAUCAGUGAGAAACAGGAACUAACAUGGCAUGACCUGCUCCUGCCAAUCCCUGAAGACCCUGCAUUCAAAGUAGAUAUGGGACGUGUGCAGUGCCCCCUGUUGUUAGUGGUGGGUCAGGAUGAUCAGUGUUGGUCGUCUUUUAUAGGUGCUAUGGAUGUGAGUUCACUGUAUUUGGGGAUAUCAUAGCAGCUACUGCAGUUUGUAA